AUGGCAGGUAGUGGUGGUGCCGGGGCACCUGGAGCCUCAGCCAAUAUGAAUGCGGUGAGGGAGACCAUGGACAUUCUACUUGAGAUUUCAAGAAUUUUUAAUAUGGGCUUAGAUAUGGAAACUCUGUCUAUUUGUGUACGACUUUGUGAGCAAGGAAUUAACCCAGAAGCUUUAUCACUGGUUAUUAAGGAACUUCGCAAGACUGCUAAAACUUUAAAGGUUGCUGAAAAUAUGACAAACUGA